AUGCGGUUCUCCAUUACUGCUAUCAUCGCCUUUCUGGCUACAGUCCAUGCCUCCAUCCUCUCCGACGAUGUCACGAUUCACGAGGAUGGCACACUCCAGGAGAACAAUGCAACCCAUACCCAGCUAAUGGUCCAGAAGCUGUAUCCCGCCCAGGUGCAAAUACUAGACAAUUUCAACUUGAGAUAUGCAACGAUCUACUUUACCGGCUACUUUGUCUUCACAGGUGGCGCACAGGUCGUCACGGCCAUGGACAAAUGCGAGGGGCUAAAUGGGGUGGCGGAUGGCAUCAAAUGCGUCAUUAGUGGCACAGUAGCCGCUAUCGGUAAUAUUGGGACAUUCCUCGUCGGCGGUUACCAAGGCAAUGGUCACAUGGCUUGGAUCUCGAAUGUGGCAAGACAAGCCGGUUUCGCUCCCGGAAACCAGAAGCGCGACGACAUCAUGGUUCGGCAGUCUUGUCCGGCUGUCAACCCUUUCAUCUCGUCCAGCACUUGGCCUGACGGAGACGGCGGGAUAAAGAUAUCAGCGAAGCUCGGUUGUUUCAAUCUCGGCGAAGAUGAUAUUCCUAAACUCCAAAACCUCAUCUCGAAGUUGCCCCAGAUGAUGGCCGACAAAGGCUACUGGCAAGCUGAGGGCACCUUCUACGACCCGACCCAACCAAAUGGGAAUACCGCACUGCUGCGGAUCCACAUGGGUAUCUGGAAUUCGCACCCAACGAAUUGUCCAGCUCCGAUUACGGGCAGCGGGUGCGCCUUCUAA